AUGCCUCAAAUCAAUCUGGCAACAAGAAUACCCCAAAUCUACGACACGACCAUCAUUGUUGGUGCUUGUAGAGUGAAUACUCCCAAUGCUCGGACUGAAACUGGUGCUUUUGACCCGAACCAUUGUUACUGGCGUGAAGCCUGCAUGGACAUGGAGCGCCUCACAGGGCGUGUAUCAAGCAACGAAACAGAAAAUGUUGAACUCGGUUGCCAUCAGUCAUGGAUAAGUGUUUUGCCAAAAGAGGGUUUUCUUCAGACCCACCCAAGCGACAUGAUAGACAGAAUACUUGAACAUAUCCUUGAUGCUUGUGACCUCGCAAGACAGAAGCCCCUGCCUUCUCCGAUCCUCGUUAUCCUCUAUGGCCCUGGAAAUCCUGCACUCGGUUGUUAUAUGAACUGCAGCAAAAGCUUCCAUGACCCUGCUGCAGUCCUCACCCCUUCCAGGAUUCUUCAAGCAUUACCGCGAGACUGCGAGGUUACUUUGGCCAUGCGCAUGACUGUUCCGUUGUUUUGGGGGCGCCGUUAUGCAUUUAAUACAGACAUCCUUGACACUGCUGAUACUCCUCUUGAUAUUGUCAAGGUGGCCGCCGCGGAUGGCAGAUUGACAAAGCAGGCUUUCCCCCGAGAAGACGAGAUUUGGAGUUACCGAUUUUUCGAAUUCGCAGGCUCCGACCCACAGGAAACGGACCUGCAGCUAAAAUGUCGGGAAGCCGUGUUAACAUCGGUUGUGCAGUUCCGAUUGAAAAUGGCUGUUUUCACAGAUACCAUGGUUGCCGAAUUCAAGCUCAAACGGCCUUUCAACCAGACUUGCCUUGAAUGGGAUAUGCCUGGAUGGCUCCAACACCGAUCAAAUGUCACGUAUUCGUCCCUGCUUUACGAAUUUUUCAAGCAGGACAAGGCGUUCGAGGAUGGAACGCUAUGCAGUGGCUAUACACGCUUCCGCCUUUAUGUGCGUGCAGCCCUCUGCGAGACCUACAGAGGCGAUGCAAUGGCGUUAUGGCCAAUUGAAAACAUCGAAAACAUACUAAAUGAGCUUCUACGUUGCUUUGAUGAGGCAUUCAAUAAAGCGGAUGAACUGGCCUGUUUCUACAUCAAGAUAGCUGAUAGAGCCAAACAGCAGUACGGGGAUGGAGUAAUGUCGCCUAAUAUGCCUCCAGGUCGGGUUGAGGGUAUGCGCAAAACAAUCGAAUUCCUAGAAAAGAUAACUAUCGAUGUUUUCGCAACAUGGGACCCUCAUGGUCGGCUGUACACGCCGUCUGAGACUGACGACGAGGAACCAGGCGAGGAACAAGACGAGGAACAAGAGUAG